GCUGUAAAAUAUGCUGUUUUAAGCUAUAAUUUCAAUGCCGAAAAAUUCGGGUUUGAUGUUUUUUUGGCGUGUUUUACGGAGUAAAAAGUCUAAAACGCCGUAUUUUACACACACACACACACACACACAACUGCUUCCACUUUCUUGGGACUGACUAGUAGCCCACCACCGCGAGCUACCUGCACAGUAGUUGUAAUGAUUCUAGCCAAUCCCCUACACUGUGUAUCAUCUACCAGCCAAUCCAAUUGUAGGAGGUGGGACACACCAUGUCAAUCUCAGCGCAGGAACAGCGACCCUACCACCCAGGAGGGCGGGACUUUCCCGAAUACCAGUGGCAAUAAACAUCCAUAACGCUUUUGGUGUUGAAAAAUGCUUCUGACAUUACGAGCCUUUUCUGUUUUUAAAUGAUUUAUUUAAUUGAGAAACCAACAUGAAUCCAUCCAGGAGAAGCGAGAGCGACUGGCAAGGCCUGGUGAAUGAGUUCCUGGUAUGUAAGCGAAAAUUGGAGAGUAAGAAGGAGGCCUUGCUGAUCCUGUCCAAAGAGCUGGACACCUGCCAGCAGGAACGAGACCAGUUUAAACUGAUGGCCAAUCAGUUACGAGAGCGCCACCAGGGACUGAAGAAAAAGUACAGAGAACUCAUAGAUGGUGACCUGACACUUCCACCAGAAAAAAGGAGCCAGGUAAAUCUAUCUCAGUUGCUGAGUGAUGCUCAGAAGAAGAACAGGAAGCUGAGUGAUGAGGUGAAAGAGCUCAACCAGAGGUUAGCGGAGGUCCAGGGUGACAACAAGCUGCUCAGAAUGACCAUUGCAAAACAGCGCCUUGGUGAUGAAGAGGUGGGCGUUCGCUACUUUCCAGCACAUGAGAGAGAGGACCUGGUCCAUCAGUUGGAGAGAGCACGGGAGCAGAAUGAAGAGCUGGAACAUAGCCUGAAAGCGGCAGCAGAUGAGCUGCAGGAUGUCCGAGCAGAGAGGAAGGUGUACCAGGAGAAAGCUCACCGCCUCAACCUUGAGAUCAACCACAUCCUGGGCUGCCAUGACAACCGGAUCUUGGAUGUGGAUGCUCUGUGCUUGGAAAACAGAUACCUCCAUGAGCGGUUUGUGCAAAUUCAGGAAGAAGUCAACCUUCUCAAAACUAAUUUAAUGAAGUAUAAGAGUGCUCUGGAGAGUAAGAAGAACUGUAAAGUUUAUGGCAAAGCCAACAGUAGCGCUUUAACAGGAGUACUCUCAGCUAAGCAAGUGCAAGAGCUGCUGUUGUCUGAGGAAAAUGGCUGUAGCCUCCCGGUCACUCCACAGUCCAUCAGUGACCUGAAGUCGCUGGCUACUGCUCUGCUUGAGACCAUCCAUGAAAAGAAUAUGGUCAUUCAGCACCAAAGGCAAACCAACAAGAUUCUAGGUAACAGAAUAGCAGAGCUGGAGGGUAAGCUAAAAACUCUGGAAGUUUCUGGGCUGUGGAGUCUGCCUGGGAUUACCUACAACGUAUCUGUGGGAUUAGGGAGAGGAAAGGACGUGAUAAUUCUAAGUGAUCAGCAGCCAGACCAGUCCACCAUGGACCAUUUAGCACCACUAAGGCAGGCAUCUAUGGGAGAUGAGGAGGUUGUGACUGGAGAGGAGGUGACAGAAGACACAGCUUUAUGUGCAGACCCAGGCCAUUCUGAAACUACUAAAAUGUUUCCACGCCCAGAGCAUCACAGUGCGGCUUUCUCUAAAAACACAAACACAGCAGGAUCCAGUUUCCAAACAGGAACAAUGUCCAGUGCAUGCCCCAGCGAUGACCUAAGCAGUGAGCACAGCUACCCUGCCUGCUUUGACUCAGAGAAGACGGUUUGUGCUAUGGAGAGAGUAUCAGACAAGCUGCAGUCACUAGACAGUGAUGGAGAUCUGGCAACACAUGGUGAUAGGAACUCAAAAAAUGCUCAGGUUCGCUUUGAAGGUCCAGCAGAGGAAGCUGGGGAAGAUGCUGAAGUCUUGGGUUUUGAGCAGCAUGAUAUUCAAGGGCAGUCAGAGAGCACUAAAGUGAUGGCUUCAGAAUCACAGGGUUGUGUGAAUUACACAAUACUGUCUGAUCCCACAACAGCAGAAUAUAUAGAGAGCACACACUGUACAAAGGAAGAAACAGACCAAAAUCUCAGUCUUCCAGAUACACAGGCUCCAGAUCAGGAAGUGAACCCUGAACUAUAAAAUAAAGGAAUAACAGUGACUGAUAACUAGCGAAGAGUAUCUAGCAUGAUCUCAUUUGUAAUCUUGUUUACAAGCUCCUAAUGGCUUGUGUUCAUUAAUAGCACUUUUUUAAUAUUAGCAUUUUUAGCCAAAAAAAAUCCUUGGAAUUCUUGCACAUUGUCCACUUUCAGAUUAAGAGAAUGUGGGAGAGAAAUUGCAGCUCUCACUGAGCCGGCUGAACUUGGAGACAGUGCUGUACCACUUUUCAGAAUUCAUAUUCAUUAGCCGUUGCAUGAAAUCAUUACCACUACUUAGGGUAAAACUGUUUUUUGGUGCUCUGUGGUUUGUAAGAGUAAACUUUUUUCCACCAUUUAUAUCAUAUAUACUUGCCAGGGGACUUUGAGUUUCAGUGAAGAUGUGAGACAUUUCUCACAUGUGAAAACUUCCAAAUGAGGAAUAAUUGCUGUCUGUUAUUAUACCAGUGUGCUUGAGACAGACUUAUGCAGGCUCUUAAGUGCCAUACCCAACUAGAUUAAGUUACAAGCAUAAUGCAGCUCAAUGACAAUUUGAAUUAAUAAACAAAUGUAUUUUAAAUUACAUCUGAGUACGUUCUUCUCCAUCAUGCUGGUCAGAUAGCAGUUAACAAACCCCUGCAUUGGUCCAUCUCUAUGAAUUUUGUGUAAGAGCCAACUGCUAAGUCUAUAUUAAUGCAGUCCUUGCAACCACUGAAAUAAGAAAUGGGGCACCCUACUGCUGUUGGUCUUCACAGACAUGUGCAAUUGAGACCCACAAGACUGCAAGUGUGCCAGCUGGAGACGGGGCUUAUAGUGUUGAUACAUUAUUAUGCACAAUGCAAUUAAAAGUGGAAAGGGACGAGCUGCUCACCGCCAGAACGGUUUGAAAACAGGACUGGAUUUAGAUACAGCUAGCUAAUUAAAAUAAACUGAAAUGGAACUCUGAAUGGCAUAUCAGUCUUUAAAGAUUUAAGUUUGGGCUACACCUCAGACAUUCCUCAAAAAUCUUUUCAGAUGAAACCAACCACAGACUUGAGAAAAAAGUAAAAAUUUAAAACAUUUAAUGUGCAACUACUUCAGUGUGUAAUGGCACACCUUUUAAACAUGAUCUUUGAAAAAGGCCCUUUAACAAGGCUCAAAUUUUAGGAAGAUGUUGUGAUGUAGUGUUAUGCUGAAUGUCAAACUACCUUAAGAUUAAAUCACUAUGCUAGUAAGAUAACAUUGCCAUAGAAGUACACAAAGGAAGACAGGCUGAUUGCAGAUUAAAAAAUAGGCUUGAAACCAUAAUGAUCACAGCACUAAAUACAACAGAUUUAAUGGAUGUAUUAAAAAGAGAAACUAACAAAAUGAUUCCAGUUUGAAAGUCAGACAUAAUGGCUCUUAAACCCAACUCUUAUUUUACCUUAGCUUACUGACAUGAAAAAGGCAAUGUGUCUUCUCUUCAUGUUUUGCAAUGCAACUAGUCAAGCACAGCAAGUCUGUUUUUGUUUGUGUUGUUUGAUCAUUUGACACUGUGAAUAUAAUGGUUGUUUGGUGUUACGAGGUUAUUGUACAACCCAAUUUUCUCAAAAGUUGGGACACUACAAAAUGUAAAUAAAAAUAUAAUGCAAUGA